UCCACACAGACUCUCUACACAUUGAUAUCUAUACACUUGAUCCACAUAUACAGAGUCAUCAUGGACAGCAUUCUCAGCACUACUGAUACUCUGACACUGUUCUGCAUUGCUGUUUUAUUGCUUUAUUUUAUGUUGAAGUGCACUCUGGGAUGGCGCCAGAUUUCCGGAGGUGUCACGGCGAUGCCGUGUUUGCCAAGCGUUCCCAUCCUAGGCAGCCUGCUGCACCUGCGCUCACCUCUUCCUCCACAUCUGUUUUUUUCCAAGCUGGCCAUCAGAUACGGGUCGCUCUUCAGCCUCUACAUGGGGCCGCAUUACACGCUGGUGGUGAGCGAAGUGACGUUGGCCAAAGAUGUGCUGCUGCACAGGGGCAAAGACUUCGCCGGACGGCCCAAAAUGGUUACCACAGACGUGCUGACUCGUGGAGGGAAGGAUAUUGCGUUUGCAGACUACAACACACUGUGGAGGACUCACCGCAGACUAGUGCAGUCCUCCUUUGCACUGUUUGGGGAGGGCUCCAGCAAGCUCCAGACUAUUGUAUUAGAUGCUGCAGAUAACCUGUGUUCGGACCUGCAGGCCUGCAGGGGUCAGGCUGUGGAUAUGGGUCCGAUCCUUAUGCGAGCCGUAACUAACGUGGUAUGCAGGCUGGUUUUUGGGUCGACCUAUGAGCCUCACGACCCUGAGCUCCAGCAGGUCAUAGAUUAUAAUGAUGGUAUUGUGCAGACCAUUGCUCGUGGAAACCUGGUGGAUAUAUUUCCUUGGUUACAGAUUUUUCCCAAUAAGGACUUGGCCAAACUGAGACAGUGUGUGUUCAUCAGAGACAAAUUACUCACCACAAAACUGGAGGAGCACAAGAUGACUUUCACACCCGGGGAACCACGUGACCUCCUAGAUGCUCUCCUGAGUGGGUCAGGUGGUAAGGAUGGUGUGACAGACGAUCACAUUUUGAUGACAGCAGCUGAAGCAUUUGGAGCCGGUGUGGAGACAACAUCCACUACAUUACUCUGGACUAUAGCCUUCUUACUGCACUAUCCAGAAGUGCAAGAACGUCUUCACGCUGAGCUGGAUGAGUGUGUGGGCAGAGAGCGACGCCCUUCUUUGAGUGACAGGACGGGUUUGCCAUUCCUGGAGAGUGUGUUGUGCGAGGUUAUGAGAAUUCGCCCUGCCAGUCCUAUCCUCAUCCCUCAUGUUGCUAUGCAGGACACAAGUUUAGGAGGUCAUGAUGUUCCUAAAGGAACGAGAGUCUUGGUGAACAUCUGGGCAAUCCACCACGACCCAAAACACUGGGAACAACCAGAUCAAUUCAGACCAGACAGGUUCCUGGAUGGCAUGGGUAAGAGGAUAACUCCCCCCAGUUACCUUCCAUUUGGGGCAGGGCCCAGAGUGUGUGUGGGGGAAUCAUUGGCCCGGAUCGAGCUCUUCCUGUUCCUCAGCUGUCUCCUGCAAAAGUUUCAUUUUAGCGUCCCUUGGGGAGCUUCCCUGCCGGACCUGCAUGGCCGUUCUGGAGUGGUGCUUCAACCAAAACGCUACACGGUCACAGUAAAACCGCGUCACUGAGCAGUAAGCAAUGACAUCCGUGGCGAUGUCAAGUGUAUUCUUGUUUAUUCAAUGUGUUUUCAGGUUUGAACUUCACUCAAAAAUAGAAGGUCAGUAUAGCAUGCAAGGAAAUCAUGUAGGCCUGUAGGUAAAUAUAUUUUUUGACUGAAAAGGGAUCUUUUAAGUAAUAUUUCUUCAUAAUGAAAAAAAAAUUUAAUACUACUCUUAGGCAAAAUUUGGGCUAAAAAUCUAUGAAAAAUAUGUAGAAAAAUAAGUAAAAAUGGUGGAUUAUCAAAUCCUGUAAGGAUCAGGAUUAGUGUUGGGAAAAAAGUACACAAUUAUUUUAUUAUAAUUUUUUUUUAAAGUUUUUUAAGUAUUUUUUGCAAUACACACACAAAAAAACCUCAAAGUCAGAAAAUUUUGUUGACUUGUUUAGUGGUAAAGUCAUUUGUAAUAACAUUUUCACACCUUUUCACAACCUCACAGGGACAUCAAACAUACUCUAUUGCUCAGACUAAAGAAAGUUGUCAUAGAAACGCCACGGCAUCACCAUGGGAACGCCAUAGUAAUCUAAGUGUAACUCGGUACUGAUGCCAUAGUAACACAAGAGUCGACACACACACAAUCUCUCAGCCGCAGAUUACAGAUUAUUUUUUUGUACACACACACCGGCUUCUAGCGCUGCACUCCAAAUGACAUGGCAUGCUUAGAAAAUAUAUUAUUUCACAGAGCGCAUAUAUAUAUAUAUAUAUAUAUAUAUAUAUAUAUAUAUAUAUAUAUAUAUAUAUAUAUAUAUAUAUAUAAUCUGCACCUACAUAUAUAUAUAUAUAUAUAUAUUAUUACGUGUAUUUCUGGUAUUAAUAUUUAUCUUCAGCAGUUUGAAGAGUCUUUAGGCUGCUUUUGUCACCAAUGAGCAAUGCUGUUUCUGUGUUUUCCCCAUUUAGACUGAAGAAAGUGAUAA